GCGAGGUAAAUAUGGAGAGGCCGGCGGCUCCUCCCUCAGGACGUCCUGGAGCGCGUGGUGUGGCGGCUGUUGGGCUGCGCGAGUCGUGCCAGAGAGUCUCUGCGGUAACGUCGUUACGCCUUACUAACUGGAGUGGAAAGUAAAAGGGACCUCUCCUCCUCCAUCCUCUUUUCCCCCUCCUUGCCGGGCAGGCGUAAUGGCGGAAGUCGCGGCGACUGGCGCGGGCGGAGAGGCUAUGGCGGCAGUGGCGGCAGGGGAAAGCUCCUCGGGCCCGGUGUGCUUGCCUCUAGGCCGGGGCUUCUCGAACUACCGGCCCUUCGAGCCCCAGGCGUUGGGUCUCAGCCCGAGCUGGCGUCUCACCGGCUUCUCUGGCAUGAAGGGCUGAGGCUGCAAGGUCCCCCAGGAGACGCUGCUCAAACUCCUGGCGGGACUGACGCGACCGGAGGUGCUGCCCGCGCCGGGCCGGGGCCUGGUCGGAGGCCCUGAAGAGACGGCCCAGGAAGCCGGUCUGCCGAUGAGGUCGGAACCCAGCCCUCCUUUCCCCACCCUGGGCAUUGGGAUGGACUCCUGCGUCAUACCCCUGAGACACGGGGGCCUGUCCCUGGUGCAGACCACCGACUUCUUUUACCCCCUGGUGGAAGAUCCCUACAUGAUGGGGCGCAUCGCGUGCGCCAACGUGCUGAGUGACCUCUACGCCAUGGGCGUUACUGAGUGUGACAACAUGUUGAUGCUACUCAGCGUCAGCCAGAGUAUGCCUGAGGAGGAGCGAGAAAAGAUAACGCCACUCAUGAUUAAAGGUUUUCGGGAUGCUGCCGAGGAAGGAGGGACUGCAGUGACUGGUGGGCAAACAGUGGUAAACCCUUGGAUUAUCAUCGGUGGAGUUGCCACUGUGGUAUGUCAACCAAAUGAAUUCAUCCUGCCUGACAGCGCCGUUGUUGGGGAUGUGCUCGUGUUAACCAAACCCUUAGGAACCCAGGUUGCCGUCAAUGCCCACCAAUGGCUGGAUAAUCCUGAACGAUGGAAUAAGAUAAAGAUGGUGGUCUCCAGAGAAGAGGUAGAGCUGGGUUAUCAGGAAGCUAUGUUCAACAUGGCUACACUCAAUAGAAUUGCUGCCGGACUGAUGCACACAUUUAAUGCCCACGCAGCCACAGAUAUCACCGGCUUUGGCAUUCUGGGUCACUCUCAGAACCUUGCAAAACAACAAAGAAAUGAGGUCUCCUUUGUCAUUCAUAACCUGCCCAUCAUUGCCAAGAUGGCUGCCAUCAGCAAGGCCAGUGGGCGCUUCGGUCUCCUGCAAGGAACCUCAGCAGAAACUUCUGGGGGGCUACUGAUUUGUCUGCCAAGAGAACAGGCAGCUCGCUUUUGUUCAGAAAUCAAAUCUUCAAAAUAUGGAGAGGGCCAUCAAGCGUGGAUCGUCGGUAUUGUGGAAAAGGGAAACCGGACAGCCCGGAUCAUUGACAAGCCUCGCGUUAUUGAGGUCCUGCCUCGUGGGGCCACUGCUGCUACUCUUGCUCCUGAGAACUCCAGUGCCUCCUCUGAGCCUAGCUUGUGAGAUGGAACAGCAGAAGUUGUUUGGACUGUACAGCCUUUGUACACAAGCAUGGACCAUUCGCUAGAGUUAAUUUUAGGAAGAAAUUUCCAAAGAAGGCUGUCUGCAUAGUAGUUCCAGCUGCUCUUCCUAGGUAAUUUGAAUCAGCCCAUCAAAAGCUGCACAUUCCAAGGCCAGAAGUAACAUUUUGGACUUCGGGGGGUCGGGGGUGUAUAUUUGGUCAUCUCUUGAGUGGAAAAAGCAGAAAACCCCUUGUUUCCUCUUUCCAAGAGCAAGAGGAGAUUACUCAGGUUUGAGAUAUUUUUCUUGGCACGGGGUUAAUUGAUUUCUGCACAGGGAGUGAGAUUAUUUAUUAAAAUUACACCAAAAAUGCAAAAUGAAAAACGCUUAGAUCAGAAAUAAGUUUGGACCAAUACUGUUGAUAAAUUGAAAUUGUUAUGAGAGAUUUAAAUGCAAUGUCAAAUUCUUAGAUUACUCUGAAACACUGGCUCUUUCCUACUCUGGACAAGAAUUGAGCAGCUUGUCCAAUGACUGGGAAAGGAGGACCUCCAACCACCUUACUUGGUCUCUGUUAAUGACGUCUCUCUCUAAACCCCUUUAAGGACUGGGAGAGGCAGACCAAACCCCAGAGCCCAGGCCUUGGUGGACAUUAAGAUGUUAAAUCUUGUGUUGAAAAUUCCUGGUGAUUUCAUCAAUAAAGCGAUUUCUAGUGAAAUAA